AGGUCAUCUUUGAGUGCCCACUGCUGAAACUGAGGGGGACUCGAAAGAAAGCCAUGAAGUUUGGAGGUUCUAACUCAUGGCAACCCAAAUACUUCUUGCUGAGGAAACAAGGGAACAUCCCCUACCUGGAGUAUCACAACAAGAAACCCAAGAACAAAAAUGCAAUUCCUAGAGGAAAAAUACCUUUACGCCCCUCGUUCCGCGUGGAGAAAAGCAUGAAUGCCAAGAACCGGGCGUAUGUGUUUGAGGUUAUAACGCCAGCCAGACAUCUCUGUCUCUCAGCAGAUGAACAAAAAAUCAUGGAUUUGUUUGUCUUCUACUUACAGAGUCAAGUCAGACUUUCUGGUGAUGUUAUUGAUGAUUAUUUCAUUGUGGAACCAGAAAACUCCGAAGCUCACAGAAGAAUAGGAUCUCGUGGUACUUGUUGUAUAUUCCAUAUUGCCCCAUGGGGGAUUGACCCUGGAUCUACCACCUCCGAAGCCAAAGCUCCCCCACCUGUGGCAUCGUGGCCGAAUUCUCGAGCUGUGCUAGCACAGUGGCCGCUCAAGUGCAUACGGUGUUACGAGAGUAAUUCUAAUGGACAGUUUAUCCUGGAGGCAGGUCGGAUUGCCCCGAUGGGGGAUGGGGUUUAUGUGUUCAACACCAGGCCAGGAGAAGACAAUGCCAUGUAUGAUCUGCUGGACAAGUACGUGCUAGCAGCGACAGCGGCUCUCAAGGGUCGCCAUCCAAACAACCAGGAGCAGUUUCAUGACCUACAGCUAGAACGAGAUCGCCUGAAUGCCUUGACAACAGUAUCCACAGAUACGUCACAGUGUACAGAGUUGUCACAGGCUACGCUGCAAAACUACAACCACAGGGCUGAAGAUUUUACAGAAGACAGCCUUGGUCAGGAAACUGUACCACACCUGGUCACUAGAGCUCCCCCUGGUGGAAAUGACACAGAAUCAUUAGGGUACCUACAUCCUAUAACCAGUAGGGCUGCUCCGCAAUCUUUACAGUUGACCAAUGAAAUGUUUUUACAACCACGAUCAGCCGACCCAAACUGUAAUGUUUUAGCAGCAAGGCCACCCGUUCCUGCACCCUUCAAAUCGCAAGCGGCGAAGUCUGCUAGUGAGGAAAAAGCUGCAUUGGGUAUCAGCGACAUGGACAGUGUUGAUGGAUACUUUGAUAUGCGACAGUCGACAGAGAACUUAAACAGCACCUUGAGCCGUUCAAUUAGUGUGACACCAAUGUCACCUAGCAACAAAGAUUGGUUCCCGCCUCCCUCCUUUGGAGAAGCGACCCAAGUGAGUGGCGGGAGCUACGCAGGCAUUAAGGUCAACUCUGUUUUUGGGUCACCUCCAAGGUCUGUUCAGCAAUUUGGGCCAGUUUUGCCAAAAGAGGAUCAGUCUUAUCUAAACCCAAGAGCAUCGGAGGUAGACGAUGACAGUCUUGUCAGUGAGAAGAAGAGCAAGCCUCCUUUGGCGCCUCGUGCAAAGAAUAAAGAUGGUGCAACAACAUCACCACAUCCUCGCUACAGGAUGAUGCGUUUGAAGUCGCGGAGCUGUGAGGACAUGAGUGACUUCCACACAACCAUAUACAUGAACAGAGCUGAUGUCAACAACGAGAACAAUGAAAAUGAUGGCAAGACCACCCCUGAACCAUUUAAUGACCUUGACCCUUUUGAGAACAAGCAGUACGCCACAGAACCUCGUGCAGGACGAAGAUUUGUGAAGAAAGAGCGCACAAACACUAGCUUGUACGACCCGUCCACUCUGCCAGCAAGUCAGUUGCCACAGUAUUACAAUCACAACAACAAUACAAAGCAGCCAUAUCUGGGUAGGUCUGUGUCUAACCCAAACUUUUUUGACCUGGAGAGUAAAGACAUUAUUACUAAACGAGAUAAAUCCCUCAAAUCAACCAGCCUAGGAAAAUCUCCUACUCGAUCACUGGCCAGUCUUUUGCCUGGUGCGCUGAAGAGGCAUUUGAGUCGGGAAAACAAUGCUUCAGGCGACGGGAAUGAGAGUUUGUUGGAAGGAGAGCGCCCAAGAAGUCGGUCCAAUAGCUUGCGUCUUCGCUCCAACAGCGUGACGAAAAGCUCUUCUGAUUUACCAUCAGCAUCAAACUUUGUGCGAAAUUUUCGCAGAUCAAGUUUUGGGUCUAAGGACAGCAUAUCUGCCAGCAUAAAAGGGAUAACGAUGUCAGAAAAGUCUCGAUCUUUCAGAAAACACAAGUCUGUGGAUUCUAACCUGAAUAGACAGACCAGUGAGUUGAGCGACUCUGUGUCGCCAACAUCAGCAUCGUCGCCACCUCAGUCAAGGUCCCCAGGUGCAACAUCACCGACACCGAUAAAGGAAUCAGUUUCUCCCACAACACCAUCAAGGCCAAUUGCAACAGUGUCAAAACCAAAUGUAAAACCAAGAGUACAAGGGCUUAGUUCAAGGUCACCUAAUCUUGAUUCAAGCUCUCCGGGUGUGGGUUCAAGUUCAUCAGGUGAAAGUUCAAGGUCAAGAGGUAUUAGUUCAAGGUCACCUGGUGCCUCUCCAAAGUCACACAGUACCUUGUCAAGCUCAAAGGGGAUGCCAUCUAGAUCACGCGGACUGCCAUGGCAGUCAGAGUACGCAAAUGGUCACAUGUCACCACAGGAAUAUGACUCUCGCAGUCUGCCAGUCAGAAGGAAGAACUUCUCCGUCAUGGCAGGACGGCGACUACCCAGUCUUCCAGAUGAGAAGAAAACAGAAACGGCAUGUUAAGAGUUUGUGGGGCGAAAUGUGCUGAAAUCUGGUGUAGGCUUAGUUUUUGUGUUGUGUUAUUAGUAUGACUUCCACGAAAGCUUUAUGAAUAUUUGUGCUAUCACAUGAUUGAUAGCCCAGCAUAAGGAACAAAGCCUUGUGAAUUAUUUCCUAUUAUUACGUUGUGAAUGAAGGCUUACAGUUCAAUGUCAUUUUACUUAUGGAAACCACUGUGCACAGUGAAUGACGAAUGUUUUGUGAUAUCACCUAUGUUUUUUUCAUGGAAUUUUCCCCCAGCUAAUCACCCUGCUGUUCUAAGUGAGUGAGAAGUGACGUGAAAUUUUAUUUGAUUAACGGUAAAUCACAUCACUUCCUAUAGUUUUUUUCUGUACUGAUCAGUUCCUCUCAGGCUAUACGUGGGAAGGCCUGCCAGCAACUUGCAAAUGGUCGUUGGUUUACACUGGGCUCUGCCUGGUUUCCUCCCGCCGUAAUGCUAGUUGCCGUCAUAUAAGUGAAAUAUUCUUGAGUACGGCGUAAAACACCAAUCAGAUAAAUAAAUAAAUAAACAUACUGAUCAACCAGUAAAUGAGUUAGCACAUGUAUAGGAGGGCAGGUAGCUGAUGAAAAUUCAGUACAUACAGCUUGCAAAUCUAUCAAAUGAUGUGAAGUUCU